ACCCAGCUCAGGGCGGAAACGCAUCUCUCAACUUAAACAUGUCAGGCUGCAUGAUCAACUCAAUUCCGCAGACGCAUUUUUACAGGGUUAUUCACAAUGCAAAUGUCAUUCAGAGAUAACAGCCGGGCGUACGGAGAAUGAUUUACUUCUUUGCGCCUGGACAAAGAUUUAUGAACUUGGAUUUGAAGGGGAAAGUUACGAAUAGCAAUCGGAUGGUUCCUGGUACAUACAUUAACUACAGUUUUCUACUCUAAUAAUGAAAGACAAGAAUUGGCUGCUCAUGGAUACCUUCUGCCCGCUGGUAACGGGCAUCUCCAUGACCAGCUUCCUCGCCUUCCAGUGCCUGUUUUACAGCGUCAGCCCCUGGCUCUCGGCUCGCAUCAGUGUAGGCUUCCCGAUGCUCAACCGCAAGCAGAAGAUCGAGUGGAACUCCAGGACAGUGUCCACGCUACAUGCCGUCGUGAUGGGGCUCUUCUGUCUUUACAUCCUGUUUUUUGAUGACGCCAUUAACAAAGACCCGAUCUGGGGGGAUCCCGCCCUGGUGAAAAUCAGUGUGGGUAUAACUACAGGGUAUCUCAUUUCAGAUCUGCUUCUCAUACGUUGCUAUUGGACAGCUAUAGGGGAGAAGUCUUAUGUAGUUCAUCAUCUGGCCUCGUUGUAUGCUUGCUACUAUGUACUGGGUCAGGGUAUGUUACCCUACUUUGCCAACUUCCGUCUGAUCGCAGAGAUUUCCACUCCCUGCGUGAAUCAGCGCUGGUUCUUUGAAGUGUUAGGGUACCCCAAGUCCUCCAAGGCCAACAUAGCCAACGGGGUCUUGAUGGCGGUGACAUUCUUCUUGGUGCGAAUCGCCAUCAUUCCCAUCUACUACGGCAGGAUGUACUCCGUCUACGGCUCGGAGUCGUUCUUCAGGCUGCCCUGGGGCGGCCGUGCUGCCUGGAUCUUCUCAAGCAUCUGCCUGGACAUCAUGAAUGUCGUGUGGAUGCACAAGAUCGCCCGGGGCUGCUAUAAGGUCUUACUCUCCAGCCGACGGAAGAAAACAGAGUUGCAAGAAAACGGGAAGCCGGAUUAAAUGCAUUGAGGACUAUACCUCUGUCCCGGGCGAGAGCUGGAAGAUAAACUCAGUCAAACUAACUACUUGAAGACUAAAGUCUGGCCGAACCUUAAUGAUGGUAAUGCAGAAAAACUAAGUAAGCGUAGGAACAAGUCCUAGAUGGGGCAGGGUGCUGUAUUUCAAUUGACAAGUGACUUUAUCGUCAACCAAACUUACGCAAAAUCACCAACGUAGUUUCUAGGCCAUUACUUUAUUACGUUUUUUUGGCUUUUAUUUUGAAAAGGAAGCUGAGCUAAAACGCACCUGACAAUAUCGAUCCUUAGGUACAGGCUUACCAAGUGCCAUACUCUACACCGGAAUGUCCGGUGUGAUUAAGUAACUGGGAAAAAAGGAGCAGAAGAUUUAGGUUUUUUUUUUAUUCUUCAUGUCCAUUACUUGAGUCGCUGUGACUGGGAGGCAGCGUGGUUCUCGUAGACGUCCCUGUCAUUUUUAUGUUAUUUUUUUUUGUUAGACGCGAGGAACAGUUGCUGUAUAAUUUAUGUCUGAAACAAUUUUUUUAUUUUUUCAUCAGAGGAUUAAUUAUUUUUGCUAUCAAAGGGAUAGAAAGUGCACUUACAUUUAGGAUACAAUAUUGCACAUGUCAAACUGUAUAUUUUCAUUACUGUAAUCCGUUUGUACCCUGCUGGAGGUAUGUAACAACGCAUUAUGUAAUAACGAGUUGCGCACUGUGUAAUGACACAUUUUGUAAUAACAGAAUGUUACAAAUUUAUAGACUACAUUAUAAUUUUAUAUUGCAACAUUACCCUAUUCUUAUUAUUAUCAUUAUUUUCAUCAUCAUUUCCAUUUUCAUCAGUUGCAUUGUGUUGAAUUAUUACAUAAUGUGGCAUUAUUAUAUAAUGUGUUGUUACAUGGUACUUCUCCGCGGUAUGGAGUAGGUUGGUGGAACUGCGAUUAUAUUUCUGACCUAUAAUAUGCACUUAGCUACAUAUUUGAUUUCAAAGCUAUUGAUCAGUUUGUAAGUUUAGAACAGAUAUUGCUAAAAUCUGUUUUUAAGUGACUAGGGAUUUACUUACCAUAUUACAUUAUUUUGUUUUUAACACACCUGAGCCAAAUGCUCAGUUUGGCUGUCGUUUUACUCGUCGUUUUACUUGUUGAUGAGACGAAUCGUAAAAAUUCUGUGUCUUAUGUCUCCCAACCUGGUCCUCGGGGGUGCAGAGGCAGUCCAUAUUUUUGUCCCUCUCAGCUUGGUGACAUAGAGGCCUCACUGUCGUGACCUCACCAUGUGGGCGGUGCCAAGCCGCUACCAAGGGAGUGUGUAGCUCUGCACGUAUGUACCUGUGACCAAAAGGUUUCAAAUCCCAUGAUAGCAGAGUGAUUUCACCGUAGGGCCCUUGAGAAAAGCCCCUAACCCCCACAACAGGUCCAUGGUCUGACUCGGCUUUUCUAAUUGUAUGUUGCUUUGGAUAAAAUCGUCUGCUAAAUCAGUGUUUCCCAACCCGGUCCUCAGGCACCCCCAGACAGUCCACAUUUUUGCUCCCUCCCAGCUCCCUAUCAGACAGUCCACAUUUUUGCUCCCUCCCUGGUCCGUGUCGGACAGUCCGCAUUUUAUUGUGUCAGCGACCAUUAAUAACGUACUGUACAUACAAUACUAGCAUGGAUGUGGGGCCUGUCAGUUCGGUUCUGUCUUGCCUUAUUUCUGCAUUGAGUUGUACAUGAACAAUGCUGUACCCUGAUGUGAGAAGAAUUACAGAGUUUCAGGAGAGUACAUGCAGUAUUACGUAAAAAGGGUCAAAAUGGGGGGAUAACUGCAUAAGAUAACCCCCGGUGAGACACCCCAAAGCGUGACAGACAGCAAAAAGUGGUAAAAGGUAAACUGUGGAGAGAGUAUGACAAGAAGAUGAAGGGGCGUGUGGUGACAUCCAGUGACACGCGCAGUACUCGUGCAACAUUACUGAGGUAUCACAGAGCGUGAAAAGGGAAGCAUACCUACGUCAACGCUGUGCAGAUGUGAUUACAUCAUAUCGCCGAAGGUUUCCAUAGGAACAAAGACCCCAUUAGAGUGACCUGUCGGAGUUGCAUUGUGCAAUUCAGUCUGCAAGAACAAAUGCGAAAAUUAGCAGUGAUAUAAAUGACACAAGUUGCCUUUCUUGACAGGAUACUUUAGGGUGUUUAUGGGUAAAGUGUGUCAUUACGGCACAUUGCCAGGGGAAAAUAAAUGCUGAGAAGCCGAAUCGCGUAGAUAGGAAAGUUUUUCCUUUAUUUGUGCUAAGUUUGUUGGGUAGCUUUUCCAUGCGCCACAAGGAAUAAACCUGCAUCUGAAUGCUACUGUUACUGACAUUGUUGCACUUCUGAAGAAUAUAACUGUGUUACUGGCAAGAAGUACAAGGAUGAAGGCAAAAAUCGGUGGAGUUUUGUAUAAUAUAGGCCUGCUGAUAAUGUCACGUUAAAAAAUCAGAUUGUAACAUUUUACAACGUAACAGAGACAGUGCUGGAUUUGCCUUGUUUUUCCCCAAAAGGGAUUAAAUAUGCAAUAUGUAAGUGUAUAAGGUUGGAUUUCCCUCUGGAUAUGUACCUUGUAAACAAUCAUACACGCUGCUAGCUGAUUAACACCCAACAACGCCUUUUUCAUGCAAGUGCUUCAGAACAGCCAAAUGUUGGACACUUUGUACAUUUCUGACAAGGAUUAUUAAAGAGGAAAUUAAUGGUA